UACUUACCUUGCAGCUCUUGUUCAAAACAGAAUCGUCAAAGUUUUACGUAAAAAUAUUCGGUUGUUUUCACAGUAUCGUUAGUAGUUUCGUACACUAGUAGUUUAAGUAAAUUGUUUAAGAAUAAAGCGAAAAGUAAUCAGAUUUGUGGAUUGGAUAGAUUAGUCAUACUCUAGCAUUUUGGGAGAUAUUCCUGAUUAGUCGUCGCUUGGAGCUUCCUCUAUCCCUUGUGAAAUGGCUGCGGGGUCAAUGCUGCAAAAGGCGAUCGAUAUUGUCACGAAGGCUACCGAAGAGGAUCGCAACAAGAACUACGAGGAAGCGCUACGGUUGUACGAGCACGGUGUGGAAUGUUUUCUGCAUGCCAUUAAAUACGAAGCGCAGGGAGAUAAGGCAAAAGAUUCGAUAAGAGCAAAGUGUCUGCAGUACUUGGACCGGGCGGAGAAACUAAAGGCCUAUUUGAAGAAAGGAAAGAAGAAACCCGUCAAGGAUGGAGGCAGCAGUUCCAAGGAUGAUAAAGGAGGCAAAAGCAAAGACGGAGACAGUUCGGAUUCCGAUUCGGAUGAUCCGGAGAAGAAGAAACUUCAAGCUAAACUGGAGGGCGCUAUUGUAGUCGAAAAACCCCACGUCAAAUGGUCAGAUGUAGCUGGACUGGAGGGAGCAAAAGAAGCAUUGAAGGAAGCUGUAAUUUUACCUAUUAAAUUUCCACACCUGUUCACUGGAAAAAGGAUUCCGUGGAAAGGAAUAUUGCUUUUUGGGCCCCCUGGAACCGGCAAAUCAUAUUUGGCAAAAGCGGUAGCUACGGAAGCAAACAAUUCGACCUUUUUCUCUGUGUCCAGUUCGGAUUUAGUUUCUAAGUGGCUCGGUGAGUCGGAAAAGCUGGUUAAAAAUCUAUUCGAACUGGCCCGUACUCAUAAACCGAGCAUAAUAUUCAUCGAUGAGGUGGAUUCACUAUGCUCUUCUCGUUCGGACAACGAGAGCGAAAGUGCCCGACGCAUCAAGACUGAGUUCUUGGUGCAGAUGCAAGGUGUCGGCAGUGAUAACGAUGGGAUCCUUGUUCUGGGUGCGACCAAUACCCCAUGGAUUUUAGAUUCCGCCAUCAGACGACGUUUCGAGAAGCGCAUCUACAUCCCGCUACCGGAAGAGCAUGCCCGCCUGGUUAUGUUCAAAUUACAUUUGGGAAAUACGUCGCAUUGUCUGACGGAGGAGAAUUUGCGCACGCUAGCCAGUAAAACAGACGGCUACUCCGGAGCGGAUAUCUCUAUAGUGGUUCGCGAUGCCUUGAUGCAACCAGUGCGAAAAGUACAAUCGGCAACGCAUUUCAAAAAAAUUACCGGCCCGUCCCCAGUCGAUAAGGAAACGAUCUGUAAUGAUCUGUUGGUUCCAUGCAGCCCGGGUGAUUCGGGUGCGAUUGAGAUGACCUGGAUUGAUGUACCCAGCGACAAACUAUGGGUUCCCCCAGUAACGAUGAGUGACAUCCUAAAAUCGCUUGGUAGCACCAAACCGACCGUAAACGAGGAAGACAUGAAAAAGCACGAUAAAUUUACAGAAGACUUUGGCCAGGAAGGCUAAGAUCAAGUUUGGACUAAAAUAUCCAAAUAUGUUGCCUUGGUCCGUGUAUUUUCCCCCUUCUGUCGUACAGCUUGGUUUGCAUUAUCCCUUCUCUGGGUUUUCUAGAAAUGAUGCAAAACUAAAUUUUACAUUUGAUUCUAUACACACGAGCGAUCGCUUACUACUUAAUAGAAUUUUUCAUAUAAUUUAUAAAACGCUCCGACGAGAAUGUGAACAAUGAUUAAAAACUCUUUAAUUACCGAACGGGAAAAAUAAUUAUUUAAAGUCCAUCCUGAAAAUCUUUUCGGAAUUUCGGAAAACCCAAUAUAGGCCGGCGCUUGAGGCAGUGAAAGGAGCACUCGAUUCUCUAAGUUAAAUUGCGAGUAUUUAGUGUUUAUCUAAAUGUGCUGUUGAUUGGACAAAAAUAUUACAAAAAAGAAACUUGCAUCCAAUUCAUAAUUUAGAGGAAAUAAAUAUAUUGUUAUCGAUGAGAAAA